AAAGGUGCUCUGUUUUUUGUUUUGUUUUGUGUCUUUGUUUUUAAAGAGAGUAGUACUUGGUUGACUAAGCUUAAGCUUUAUGGGGUCCGUGAAGAUUUCUGGGGCAUCCUUAUUUGCCUCUCUACUCUCAUGUUUUUUCUGAUACAACAAGCUAAAGAGCUAUAACUUUUGGCACUUCUUUUUUGUUUCUUCAAACGUUGUUCUUUGUCCAAAACUAAAGCUUUGGCGUUUUGGGGUUUUAGCUUUUGGGUCAGUUGUUUUUGGAUUGUAUUGAAUUGUGUUAUAAAGGAGAUGCAAUCGGGUCGGUCACAAUCCGUGGUGACUCCGAUUCCCCAACGGGUUCAAUCUUUUCAAGCAGCUGAUACUAGAGGGAAGCAUAGGAUACAAGCUGAACUCAAAAGGCUGGAGCAAGAAGCUAGGUUCUUAGAGGAGGAGCUGGAGCAGAUAGAAAGGAUGGAGAAGGCAUCAGCUGCAUGCAAGGAGAUGCUGAGUAAUGUAGAAAGUAGCCCUGAUCCACUGCUCCCUGUAACAAAUGGCCCUCUAAAUCCCUUGUGGGAUCGAUGGUUUGAAGGGCCCCAGGACGCCCAAGGUUGCAAAUGUUGGAUACUGUGACAGUAUUGCUGAUUUGAAGGGUUGACUGUUAUUAUCUUUAAUUUCGAGAGGCUUCGACUUACAGAGUUGUUACAAAUGUGAGAGCAAUAGAGUAAUCUCAGAUGUUUAUGAGAUAUUUCAUUGUGCAGAAAAUGACAAUUUUUACAGCAAUUUUUUUGAAUCCAAUUUAUAGCAACAUUUUCUUCGUUGACAAUUGUUAAAUGAAAAGCUUGAUUGUGCAGAAA